AUGCCUGCCCCUUCGCCCCUCAAGAUCGCGACCCAAGCCGUCUCGCGGCUGGUGACGGAGGAGAAGUACUACCAGAAGGAGAUCGUGUCGCAGACCUCGCGGAUCGAGAAGCUGGAGGCCGACAUCAAAGCCGGCAUCGACGAGGACGGCAACGCCGAGUACCGGCUCAAGCAAGAGAAGCAAGCCCUCGAAGAGACCAAGGCCGUCUUCGGCCCCCUGAAGCAGCGCAUCGCCGAGGCGGUCAGCCGACUCGAGGAGCAGACUGCCACGGCAGAGGGCGCCGGAGACGCAAACGCGGACGAGCUGGCCAAGGCGAAGGAGGUGCUUGCCAGUGCCCCGAAGGAAGAUGCAUAG